GAAGUCUUCCGUUUUAAUCAGACGUUCAACAGACCAGAGACGUGAGAAUCACAGGAAUGCAGACCACCACAGAGUAUAUCCUGAACACAUCUUACACAGACGACUAUGAAAAUGACUAUAAUGGAGGCAUAGUAUUACUUUGUGAAUAUGAUUUACAUGCAUUUGUUGGAAUAUUCACCUCAGUAUUUUAUUGCCUCGUCUUUACCCUCAGUGUAUUGGGGAAUGGUUUGGUUUUGUGUGUGCUUCUGAAAUAUGAGGAUAAAAAGAAGGUAAUAAACAUUUUCAUUCUAAACUUGGCCAUCUCUGACCUGGCACUGACUUUCUCUCUCCCAUUCUGGGCAGUAUAUCAUUCAUACAAUUGGAUCUUUGGAGACUUUAUGUGCAAACUCUUGAGUGGAAUGUACUUUAUUGGCUUCUACAGCUGUAUGAUGUUUCUAAUGGUGAUGACUAUCCACCGUUACCUGACAGUGGUUCAUAAUGUAUCUACUACUAAGACAAGGAGAACAUGGUAUGCCUGGUUGGCAAGUGCUACAGUUUGGGUUAUCAGUAUAUCAGCUUCUAUCAGAGAAAUGGUCUUCUCUGCCACCCAAGAGGAUAAUCAAGGAACCAUGUGUGAAGACACUUACAGCAAUGGAAAAAUAUCAAAUUUUGUAGGAUAUUGUAUACAAUUGUUUUUUUUCUUUUUACUUCCAUUUUCCAUCAUUAUGUACUGCUACUGCAGAAUUGUAAUGACUGUUGUUGCUUGUAGAACAAAGACGAAAUACAAUGUUAUUAAAUUUAUAUUUAGCAUUGUUGUGACAUUCUUUGUUUGUUGGGCCCCCUAUAACCUAAUCCUUUUUCUUAGGUCUCUUCAUGAGCUUGGAGUUGCUCAAUUGACGGGUUGUGAUGUCGAAAAAAAAAUGAAUUACUCCUUCUAUAUCUGUCGCAACAUAGCUUACUUCCACUGUUGUCUCAAUCCUUUGUUUCAUCUCUUUGUUCAAAACUUGAGAAGAAAUUUGUCCAGAUUAAUUUGCAAUACCCCCAUGCAGGGAACAGUGAGGAAGCACCAUAACAGUAUUCAAAGUAGCUCAAAUUGCAUUAAUAAAGCCACAUUGGUCCAUGAAGGAAUCUGCAUGUCAUCUCCUUUACAAAUAAAUGUCAGCAGAGCUAGUAAUGUAGAGGAAGGUUCAAGCUUUGUCUAAAAACAGAGAAAAUAAAACUGUCAGGCGAUAUGUUUUGUUCUUUUACUGUGAUUUAUUGUUUUGUAUGUUUACAUUUUGUGUUAAAAUGGACUUGUUUUAAAUAAUAGUAGCAUGUUUCCGGCUUUAUGAACCAAGUGUAAACCUCUCUUGUGUAUACAAUUUAGUAAAUAUAUUGUACAAACUUACCAGGCAAACAAAAAAUUGUAAUUUGUUAUAUUUGGCUUUGUACUACAAGGUUAAUAACUUAAAUACAAAUUUGUAUUAAGAAACAUAGUCAAUUUUCUUGCAUAUAUUUACAAAGCCUUUUAUUAUAUUUAUCCACUUUUGAAAUUCAUAUGACUAGAGCAGCUCAAAGCUUUGAUGUAACAUUAAUAACAAUAGGGCAGCAGAGUGGAGUAGUGGUUAGGGCUCUGGACUCUUGACUGUAGGGUUGUGGGUUCAAUCCCAGGUGGGGGACAUUGCUGCUAUUCCCUUGAGCAAGUAAAAACCCAACUGUAUGAAUGGGUAAUUGUAUGUAAAAAUAAUGUGAAAAAAAUAAUGUAAUUGUAUGUAAAAAUAAUGUGAUAUCUUGUAACAAUUGUAAGUCGCCCUGGAUAAGGGUGUCUGCUAAGAAAUAAAUAAUAGUGUUGCUACAACUGUUUAAAUAACAUACCUGUCAUUUUUCUUUUCAUUGUUAACAUCCUGACCACUUUUUUCCACUUAAAACUUUAAAGUCUGUUUCAAAGCUCUUUUCAAAAUGGCCGCUCUAGUGCACUGAUAACACUAUGUAACACAAUUUUUGUUCCUGGGUAG